GAUUCCUCCUGUGAUUCAGGGGUGCUGAGCGCAUCAUCUUCACCUACUGUAGGUCACAUGGAAAUAAAUACAGGUACAAAUGAAGACGACACCAAUAACUUUCUUUCUGAUACUGAACACUCUAAGGAGUAUAAGGACAAUGUCAAAGACAAUGCUGAAGACCACGAAAACACCAUAGAAGAUUUUAUUGACUGCCAGGAAGAGGAGGAAUUGGAUUUGCCACCAUGCAGUGAUGAAAAUGACUGCACAGACAACGCAUUGUACUGUACAGCACUCUCAUCUGCAAUAGAGGAAGAUACGAAAGCUGUGGAUGACUUUUACAAGGACACGUUUGAUGAAAUUCAGGGUUUGCAUCAGUUGAAACGAUGCCAAACAAGUGACAGUCUGGAUGAAUAUAUGGAUGAAUGUUGUCGACUGAGUGAGGUAAACCAGGGCGCCUCAAAGGCACUCGGAUCAGGCCUUGGAUACUUGGAACAUAUCUGCCAGCUUAUAGAAAAAAUUGGCCAGCUUCAAGAGCAUAAUUUAAAGCUGCAAAAGCAAAUAUUUGUGUUACAAAAGGAAGAUAGAAUGAAACAGAUGAAAGAGGAGUACUUUGGACAGCACUGCUCCUGUGGAGCAGCGAAUAUUUUGCUCAGCCCGUACCAGGAGACUAAGAAGCAUUUUCCUGUGAGGAGGAACCGGCCGCAUAGUAUGUUUGUACAAAGUGGAAACCAAUCUGACCUCUCCAUGAUCCCAGAAAUUGGCAUUAACUAUGAAAAGUUUGGCUACAAAGGAAACAACAUCCAGUUAGAUGGUUGGAGAAGUCCUAACAUACUGGGAGUAAGGAAGCCUUUCACUAAACUAAAAUGUGAUGACAAAGAAAGUAAGCUUGCCUGGGACAGAAAUUUCAGUGAAGUUUUCCCACCACUGGAACAAGAUAUGAAAAAGCUGGAUAUCCAUCCAUGGGGACGUGUCCGAGAUCUUCUUAAAAAGACUAAAAAGAAUCAGAAUAAAUUAGGAUUAUCCUCAGCAUCAUUGAAGAGAUCCUGUCCUCAGCUCUACAGGCCAGAUCUCGUGCAAAAUGAUAUUAAAAAGAAGAGACAGAAAUUCAAUGAUUGUCCUUGGACAGACUGUCAGCAGAGAAAAUGCUUGGGCCAGUUUGUAUGCCUUAAACAGGAAAGAUGAUGAUAUGUGA